GCUUUGGUGCCGCUGGCGGUUCGCGCACCCACGGGGAUCCUGCAUGCGUUGAACAUGCUGCCUCUCCCUGCUACAUAUCCCUCUCAGUGGGAAUGACCAGGGGAAGGAGAAACGGCCCCCGAGGGCCUCCUACUCGUCGAGAAAUAUACGACGUUGCUCAAGUUGCCGCGAACAUCUUCGAGGACCAUGGACUCCCUGUCUGCCUAUUUGGGAGUACCGCUUGCGCACUCUGGGGUAUAGAUCGGCGACCCAACGAUGUCGAUAUGGUUGUGAUGACCGAUCAGUACGAUUCAGAAGAGCUCAAGUACAUGCUCGUCAACGAAGACGGCAGCUUCUACCUCGUACCAUCAGCCAACCCUCGUAACAACUACGAGGUGCUUUGGUACACCCUUCGUUCGGCGCGCAAUGCCGAACGGCGUGCCUGUAAAGUGGACAUCCUCCUUCCCGGCACCAUGGACAUACCGUGGAUCCCGACGCCGCGGGUCGUCUACCGGCAUCCAUUUGGGGUCGAGGAUAUCCGAUCGUUGCCAGUUAUGCCGCUCGAGCCGCUGCUUCUGCUCAAGCUGCAGGGCUGGUCGGACCACCUCGCUUCACCCAGGAUGGACUUCCAGGAGAAGGUCCAUACCGAUGCGGACGACAUCGCGCAGCUGGUGGAAAUCUGCGUUGAUGCCGGCGUCAAGCCCCAUAAAGCGAAGUGGCUUGACUUCGACUUCAGGAAGAAGGGGCUCGAACGCGUGCACGAUUUCGCGGACGCGUAUCCAGAAGUAUGGGGAUGGGCUGAGCUUGGGUACAGGGUUUAUGGGUGAUUGGACCAUCGCUGGCAGCUUUCCUUUUGUUGGACUCUUUCGUUUGCUCGUCCACAAGAGCCUGAUUGAUUUCCUGGAAACCUCUCCCGGCACAAUUGAUUUCCUGCCGGACCCUUGUUUCUUGACGAUGUUGACAUGGACGGACGCUCAGGAUACCUCCUAUUUCCAUAAACCAUACUUGACCUAAGGAAUGUAUCGCAUCGCCU